AACUUUCUAAAUACUGUUAGUAACUGACUGUUUUACUUAUUACUUCCACUAAAGAUGCAUUUGACUGGUAGAACAAACUAUACCAAGAAAACGAAGCUCGAGAAGUUCGAAAAAAGCUACUAACAGUAAAGGUUGUUGGUUGUAUUAACAGGCUCUCGGAUUAAAGUGGUAGCAUUGAUAAUGAGGAAGUGUAGAACGUUUGUUUCCAUUAUAAUCACAAUCAUUGUGUUUUAAUGUAAUGAUUUUUUUCCUGCAGAAUCCUUGUACUAAUGUUCCUUGUAUGAACAAUGGUAUGUGUUCCCUUAUUUCGUUCAGAGAUGGAACGUAUAGUUGCACUUGUCUUCCUGGAUAUUUUGGCGAUGAGUGUGAAAUCUGUAAGUUGACGUAGAAUUACUUUAAGUGAACAAAAGCACCUUUUCGAGAUAUGAACAAGCUAUUAAGAUAUAUUUACAACAACAACAACUAACAACCAGCUCAAAUUGUUAGAUACCCAAGCUUCUAGUUAAGGCUGUUCACCUCGGCUUUGUGUUAUAUGUGAAUACAAAAUAGCCGAACUCUUUUGCUUUUUUGUUAAUUCAGAUGCACCAGAGUUCCGGGACUAUAACGUCCUCAGUCAUCCCAAUCGACACCAGUCUUUUGGCCGAGGCACUAACUCAGACGGCAAUCUUGUCCCCGGCUGGUAUCGCUUUCAAUCAAGUUCAUACUCAAGAAUGGUAGACAAUUGUAUUCAGGUCCACAGAUGCACUACAGAUGUAACUGGGUGGUUAACAGGUGGCCACCCCACCUUUAAAGAUGGCAUCGUGGACAGAAAAGCUUGCUUCCACGGAUGAGAAAACUGUUGUUACAGGAUAGUUCAGAUACGCGUGAGGGAGUGUCAAGGGUUUUAUGUGUAUGAGUUAAACCCGUCACCUGAAGGGCGGUAUCGUUACUGUGCAAGAGGAUGAACGGUAUCAGGUCCUUCAGUAUGAGUUGAGGAACUCUGGAUCGUACAAAAGGGAUUUCAUGUCGAGGACGUUGUGCGUGCGAAAACUACGCAUGUCAUUAUUAAUAAUGAUAUAGCAAUAAGGAAAUCAUUUAUCUUAACGUAGCUGAGGCGCU